UGUAUAAGGAUGAAGGUUUUGGAGUGUUGAAAUCAGAGAUUUAUACCUUUUUUUAUUGCCAAUUCAAAGUUUGUAAUGAAGAUAAUUCUUUCCCGAGUAUUUCAAGUUUUGGAGCGAAAUUCAUCAUGCCAUUUUGCUUACAUUCUAUAUUUAUUCAUGUUAAGAAAACAAUUUUUACAAACAUUUAUAAUGGGAUAUUUCAGACGUUCCUGACACCAAUGGUAAACGAUUUUUCUAUAUGACUCCCUCCUGUAUGCCAAAUACCAGACAGGUACUGUUCCUCGUCCCCCAAUUCUCUCGACCCUGCUCUGUGACAAUUGCGACGCCUUUCAACGUCACUGAAGUUAAACUUGUAAACGGCUUAUCUCGAAGGCUUAAAGUGGAUUGUGUGAAACCGAAAUGGAACAGUCUCGGCGAAAUUGGUGGUCAAAUCCGGUCGAGCUGUGAGUUAUCUGUGUACGUCGAGUACAGAAGAGACAAUUACCUGGUCCAUCCUCUUGAUGUGGCGGGAAACAAAUACACUGUUGUGGUGCCAACGAAUUUGGCAGAUCGAGAGUGCUUCACAAUCAUAUUCCCAGUUCGCAAUGCAACCAACAUUACCAUCGUAUCGGAGGCCACCACAUCCGGAUCCUUCCUCUUUGACAGCGGUAACUGGACCGAGUACAACUCCAAAUACAAGAUGAUGGUCACUUUGCACGAGUUUGAAGCAAUUUAUAUAAAAUGUACUUGUAGUUUGUCCGGGGUGGAAAUCAGUUCGCCAAAUACAUUUAUGGUAGUUGCAGGUGCUUUACUGAAACAGCGCCCUCAAUCAAUUCUUAUAGAACAACUUUCGCCGGAAAGCACAUGGGGACGAGAGUUCCUAUUCCCAGUGCCAUCUCUACUUAAUGUUACAGUGACAUUAUAUCUAAUGGGUAAAAAUGAUACAGCGGAUAUUUUAAUCAAUACCAACAGUGUGAAAGACGAUUUUCUGUCCGUGUCAUCUUUCCCCUAUACGCUGGAGAUCGAAGCAGAUGAAUACAUACACAUCGAAUCUCUCAACUCGUCCAUUUUACCUAUGGUGCUGAUGGAGAUAAAGUAUAUCAAAAAACCCGACAGGUAUAUCUACAUGUCUCUACCGUCAACGUCACAGUGUCUUCCCCGUCAUAGGUUUAACGACCAGGACGCUCGCAACACAAGCGUGUCCCUAUGGGGCAACUACGGAUACAAUUAUCUUAUAAAUUCGGAAAAUCUGACGAUGGCGGGGCAUUUUACAAACUGGACACGUGACGAUAUAUACCUUUAUCUAAACAUACAAAACUACGAUAGCUUUACGAUAACACCAAGGCGUCAUAAGACACUAUUCCCGUCUGUCUGUGGUAUCGUGGAAAUUCCACAACAGAAUGGAGCAGUACAUUUGUAUUCACUUGGAAUGCGACAAACGAGUUUGUUUGAUUCGUGUGUCACUUCCGGUAGAAGGACGGUUUCCGCAGAUGGAAAGGAUAACGACUGUGAUGGCUUAGUGGACGAGGAACUCCGAAACAGACGCGAUGAUGAUGGAGAUGGUUUCAUUGAUGAAGAUAUUGGCACCUGGGCGAGUUCCAGACGACAGGUUAACAGCGAGGAAGAGUUCGUUAUGGAGACGUCCGUUAUUGCCGUCAUUAUUUCCAUCGUGGUGGCGUUGGUGGCUGUUCUAGCGUUCAUUGGCGGGAUGGUGGUUGCAGACCAAUUAAUGGGUGGAAACUCCGUAGCUCCCGUCCUUGAGAGUCCUGACUUACAGUAAAUCCAUCAGCAGUUUGGUACCAGAACCAAGCUUUGGGAUCAUAUAGUACCGGUCAAGGAGAGUCCAGAGUUACAUCAAACUCAUCGGAGUUUUGGUACCGAUACCACUUAAACCAAUUUUUCGUUCAAUCAAAUUAAAGCUUUCUAGUUUUUCUGAUAUAUUGUGUAUCACCUUGAAAGUAUUUCGAUACUACAUAGAAAUUUUUUUUUAAAAGUGGACAUAUUUGUUUCACUUAGGAACGAUAUCGCAAAAUAUAUGGGUUUUUUUACUGUCAUGAACGAGGGAAUUCUACCACAAGUACACAGUAUUAAACUGGUACAGGUGCCCUAACUGAUAUCAGGAUAACAUAAUAUGGUGGCAGUGUUACCAUAGCAUCUGUAAUUACCACGAGGGAUAGCUUAUUUCCAAAUUGACGUGUUGGCGGUAUGGUGAUGUCUGGAUAGAGUAGUAGACAAGAAAUCUCAGGUCAAAUACAUUGAAUUCAUUCUUAACCACAAAAUUAUUGAGUACUACAACCGCACUUGAAUAUAUUAUGUAUGGUUCUU